UUCCCCUCACUAUAAAACUCUACUCUUUCGACCCUCCGCCACUUUUUCUCAUCCCUUUCUCUCUCCUCUCCUGCAACACCUCUUACCUAAAAUACUAAAAGCAUCUUUCAAUGGCGGCUACCGCAGCAACUUCAUUUUCUCUCUCCUCCUCAUCUUCCUCCGUCGCCGUACCCAAACUCCUUAAACCUUCGGCGUUGAAUCUAGGGUUUCUCGGCUCGUCUUCUUCAAAUACCGCAUUGAACUCUCUUAAGGUUCGUGCUUUUCCUUCUAGAGCUACUAACAAUGGAGGAUCGGCGCUCUCUACUCAAAUGGUUUCAGCUCCUUCUUCUAUCAAUCCACCUUCAUCAGCUACUUUUGACUUUGAGAGUUCUAUUUUCAACAAAGAGAAGAUUACUCUCUCUGGUCAUGACGAGUACAUUGUGAGGGGAGGAAGGAAUUUGUUCCCUCUUUUGCCGGAUGCUUUUAAGGGUGUUAAGCAGAUUGGUGUUAUCGGAUGGGGAUCUCAGGCCCCAGCUCAAGCUCAGAACUUGAAGGAUUCUCUAACUGAGGCAAAAUCUGACAUUGUUGUCAAGAUUGGUCUCCGCAAAGGAUCUCGCUCUUUUGCUGAGGCACGUGCUGCUGGUUUUAGUGAAGAGAAUGGCACUCUGGGGGAGAUGUGGGAGACUAUUUCCGAGAGUGAUCUUGUGCUGCUGCUAAUUUCGGAUUCAGCUCAGGCUGAUAAUUACGAAAAGGUUUUCUCCCAUAUGAAACCAAACAGCAUUCUUGGGCUCUCUCAUGGAUUUCUUUUGGGGCAUCUGCAAUCUCUGGGGCAGGAUUUUCCCAAGAACAUCAGUGUGAUUGCUGUAUGCCCUAAGGGAAUGGGGCCUUCUGUAAGGAGGUUGUAUGUUCAGGGUAAAGAGAUCAAUGGUGCUGGAAUCAACUCUAGUUUUGCCGUUCACCAGGAUGUUGAUGGUAGGGCUACAAAUGUAGCACUUGCCUGGUCGGUUGCUCUUGGCUCACCUUUCACAUUUGCCACUACUCUUGAGCAGGAGUACAAGAGUGACAUUUUUGGGGAGCGAGGUAUCUUGCUUGGUGCUGUUCACGGAAUUGUUGAGUGCUUGUUCAGAAGGUACACGGAUAAUGGAAUGAGCGAAGAUUUAGCCUACAAGAACACUGUUGAGUGCAUCACUGGGGUUAUAUCAAAGACCAUCUCAACAAAGGGAAUGCUGUCCCUGUACAAUUCUUUGUCAGAAGAAGGAAAAAAAGAAUUCCAAGCUGCUUACAGUGCCUCAUUUUACCCUUGCAUGGACAUUCUGUACGAGUGCUAUGAAGAUGUUGCUAGUGGGAGUGAGAUCCGAAGUGUUGUUUUGGCUGGACGGCGCUUUUAUGAGAAGGAAGGGCUCCCGGCUUUUCCAAUGGGUAAUAUCGAUCAAACCCGCAUGUGGAGAAUUGGUGAGAAGGUCAGAGCAGUUAGACCUGCAGGCGACUUAGGCCCAUUGUAUCCAUUUACUGCUGGUGUCUAUGUUGCUCUAAUGAUGGCCCAGAUAGAGAUUUUGAGGAAAAAGGGUCACUCCUACUCUGAGAUUAUCAACGAGAGUGUGAUUGAAGCAGUGGAUUCUUUGAACCCCUUCAUGCAUGCUCGAGGUGUCUCAUUUAUGGUCGACAACUGCUCAACUACGGCAAGGCUUGGAUCAAGAAAAUGGGCCCCCCGUUUUGAUUACAUCCUGAACCAACAAGCUAUGGUAGCUGUUGACAAUGGUGCUUCAAUCAACCAAGACCUGAUCAGCAAUUUCUUGUCAGAUCCCGUUCAUGAAGCGAUUGGAGUUUGCGCGCAGCUCAGACCUUCUGUUGAUAUCUCUGUGACUGCUGAUGCUGAUUUUGUCCGCCCUGAACUGCGCCAGGCUAGCAGUUAAAAGCUCCCAAGGUCUCUAAGUCAUAAGUAUUAGGUAUGGAGAUAUAAAACUCCCAAGUUUAUUGUACUCUAGGUUUUAGCUUUUGCUGUCCAAUGAAAUGAGACGCGUGAUAUUUUCUCCAAGUUUUGGCUAGAGUUUACGGGUUAAUUUGGGACAUGGGAGAGUGCUUUGUCUAACUUAUAUGUUGUAAUGUUGUAUGUCUCUGCAAUUUCCACCUUCUAGUUGUUCUUGGUUCA